ACUUGUACAGAGUAAACCAGGGGACCGGGGUACAGAUAAAAAAAAAGACAGAGGAAAGCACUCCGGUUCAAGUUGAACAAAGAGAGGACAGUUCCCAAGAUGAUGGCCAACAAUUCUUUAAGAGUUUAAAGUAGGAGCUGCAAAAUACUAGCUGGAAACCUUGACCGCAGUUCAGUUAUAUAUAUAAACAAACAAGCAUAUGAAGACGACGAUCUCCCCCAUUCCUGAGUGAACAGUUUCCCCUUCAUUGUUUUCUGUGCUAAAACUGUGAGAGGAAGAAAUUCGGCAAUGGCUGGUGGCUCGUCAGCUCCCACAGGUGUGUCCAAGGAGAGAGCAGAGCAGUACCAAGGGAGGGUCACAGCUUAUGUAAUCGUCGCUUGCAUUGUUGCUGCCGUUGGAGGGUCGCUCUUUGGAUAUGACAUCGGAAUUUCAGGAGGAGUAACUUCCAUGGAUGGAUUUCUCUCAAAGUUCUUUCCGACAGUCUAUAGACAUAAGAUGCAUGCCCAUGAAAACAACUACUGCAAGUACAACAACCAGGGCCUAGCAUCGUUUACAUCUUCUCUCUACCUUGCGGGAUUGGUCUCAUCUCUGGUGGCAUCUCCAAUUACAAGGAAAUAUGGUAGACGCGGAAGUAUAAUCUGCGGUGGAAUAAGCUUUUCAAUUGGAGCAGCUUUGGAUGCAUCAGCUCAAAAUCUAGCAAUGCUAAUUCUUGGAAGGAUAAUGCUUGGUUUUGGCAUUGGGUUUGGAAAUCAGGCUGUUCCUCUUUAUCUGUCUGAGAUGGCUCCCACGCAUCUCCGAGGAGGGCUCAACAUGAUGUUUCAACUUGCAACUACUCUUGGGAUCUUCACAGCAAACAUGAUCAACUAUGGCACUGAGAAGCUACGGCCAUGGGGAUGGAGGGUCUCUCUUGGCCUGGCAGCUGCUCCAGCAAUUUUAAUGACUGUGGGAGGAAUACUACUUCCAGAAACACCAAACAGCCUAAUUGAACGUGGAUCAGAGGAAAAAGGAAAAAAAGUUCUAGAAAAAAUCAGAGGGACAACAAAUGUCCAUGCUGAGUUACAAGACAUUAUUGAUGCAAGCGAGCUUGCAAACUCAAUUGAGCAUCCUUUCAGAAACAUUCUUGAGAAGAAGCACAGACCGGAGUUAAUAAUGUCUAUCUUCAUGCCAACUUUCCAGAUUCUGACAGGCAUAAAUUCAAUUCUCUUCUAUGCCCCAGUAUUAUUUCAGACUAUGGGUUUUGCAGGCAAUGCUUCUCUAUAUUCUUCAGCAGUGACUGGAGCAGUUCUGGCUUCAUCAACAUUAGUUUCAAUUGCUACAGUUGAUAGAUGGGGCCGUAGAGUUUUACUGAUCGGUGGGGGAAUACAAAUGAUUAUUUGUCAGGUCAUAGUAGCAAUUAUCUUGGGGCUAAAAUUUGGCAGUGACAGGGAACUCUCUAAAGGCUUCUCCAUUUUGGUGGUAGUUGUGAUCUGCCUCUUUGUUGCAGCUUUUGGGUGGUCAUGGGGCCCACUAGGGUGGACCGUGCCAAGUGAGAUAUUCCCAUUAGAAAUUCGGUCAGCUGGACAAAGCAUUACAGUAGCUGUAAAUCUCCUUUUCACAUUCGCAAUAGGCCAGGCCUUCCUCUCCCUCCUUUGUGCCUUCAAGUUUGGGAUCUUCCUCUUCUUUGCGGGCUGGAUUACCAUCAUGACAAUCUUUGUUUAUCUUUUCCUACCCGAAACCAAGGGUGUUCCAAUUGAGGAGAUGGUAUUCCUCUGGAGAAAACAUUGGUUUUGGAAGAGGGUUCUCCCCAAGGAUUUGGAGUCUUCCAAGAAUGGAGCAGAGUAAGACGUGUAACAUAGCAAUUAAAGAAAUGCAUCAUGAAAAUACCAAGUUUUAGCAAUUAAUUUAUUUAUGUAAAGCACUUCAUGUAAUGGAGUGCCAAAUUAAGUAGGCCUGUGUUUCAAUCAAUUCAAAGGAGCCAAAAAAUGUAAACCAGUUCUCAUGAUGUACAAGACUGUAGCCAAAUAUUCAGGCUUACCUAAUUAUUUGAUCUAUAUUUGAGAGUCUAGUGUCAAUCCAUGGUAAA